GGUAGUCACGGUCGAUCAGAUGAAGUGGUUGCUGCAGAAACUCUUGCCAACCAUGUCAGAUGCAAUAGUAGUUUUGUUCUUGACUGGUUUCAGGGUCAGUUCCGCUCCUCACUUAGUUGUGCAAGUUGUCGAAAACAAAGUAACACUUUUGAUCCUUAUCUCUGUCUGUCUGUCCCCAUUCCACAUCGUCAGACAAGACCAGUGUUUGUCAAUCUGGUACGAUUAAAAGGUGACCCAAGGCAGGUCAAACUUGGUGUUAGUAUAGACGUCCAAGCCACAGUAAAAGAACUUAGGGAAAACCUUGCAAAAAGUCACAAGAUUCCAGAGAACCAGAUGAUUUUGACUGAAGUAGGAGAUGAUGGAUUUCACCGGACAUUCAGUGAUGAAGACAGUUUGUCUUUUAUUGAUGAGAAUCAGGAAGUGUAUGCUGUAGAAACACCAGCGUUAAGGCAUGCUACUGAAACAGAGGGAGAACAAUUGGUGCUGCUAUGGAUAAACAGAAUAGGAACAGGAAACCAGGGAAGGAUGUUUGGUUCUCCAUAUGUUCUCCAACUUUCCAGAGAAGCCACUUUUAAAGAAAUUCAGAAGCAGAUGUUAGUAACAAUGGCUGACAUAUUACAAAAUGAUGUUAUACUAGAGAAACUUGGAAUUGUUUUACGUUUGAAAGUGAUUGGUGGAAUACCUGGUAAAUGCUACCUACCAAAUGAUGUGGAUCAUCCAUUGUACAUGCCAACUGUUGACCAAGCAUUGGAAACAUCAGAAGUGAGCCCAUUAAUAGGACCUCAACAUUUAAAGCUAGUGGUCGAGUGGGAUCAGGAGACCAAAGAAGAGAUGAUAAGUGAUGUAGAGGUUUUAAUGGAAGUAGAUCCUAGUGUCCAAAGGCUGAGGAACCAACAGAAGCAAGUGCCUAAAGCCACUCUGGAUGAAUGCUUCGAGCAUUACUUUAUAGAGGAGCAACUUGGAGCAGACAAUGCCUGGACGUGUCUUUCAUGCCAUCGACGGCAACCUGGGGCUAAGCAAUUCAGCUUGUGGUCUUGUCCAGAUUAUCUCAUUGUUCAUUUAAAACGAUUCAGACAGUCCACCAAUCAGCGCACUAAGCUAUCUACCCUUGUAGAAUUUCCCACUACAGGACUGGACAUGACUCCCUAUGUUGCUUAUCGAAACCACACGCUACUUCAUAAUCAUCCCAAUGGAUUGUGGACUUGGUCACCAUGGAAACGUCCUAGACCACAGAAUUUUGCUCAUCCUGAUGAUAAUGUGUACGAGCUGUAUGCAGUGUGUAAUCAUCAUGGCAACAUGGAAGGGGGGCAUUAUACAGGUUAUUGCCGAAACCCAGUGGAUGGAAAAUGGUACUUGUUUGAUGAUACUAAAGUCAGUAGUAUUCAAGAAAAUGAAAUAGUGUCUGCUGAUGCAUACAUUCUCUUCUACCAGCACACAAGCUUAAUGUCUUCAUCAUGUGCAUCUUCAUCUACCUCUGGCUAUAGUAGUGCAUCAACAGCAUCACUAAUGAAUACAGAUCACUGGGCCUAUCGUAUGCCUCCUUUCCGUUACUUACCACCCAAGAACAGUAAAAGUCAAGAUAACCUGUGUGAUAUAGGUACCUCAUUUGACAACUUAAGCCUGCGCCACAAAGAACCUUUUCAACGUGGCCAAAAGAAGUAUUCCAGCAUGAUGCCACUAACUCCAUCUAAGAGAGAACCUUUGGUUGUAAGCACUGAACUAGAUAGACAUUCAGAUAAUGAAGCUCCGCAAGAUGAGGUAGAUAAAAAUGAAGUUGACAAGAAGUCUGAAAAAGGUGCAUCCCCUGCACGAGUAGUGUACCGUGUAACAGCUGUGUAACUCUAACCCAUUGGUUUGUGUAAUUUUUUGCACUCAUAACUUUCCUGCCAAACUCACGAUGCUUUUUAAAAGGUGCUCUGUUGUUGUUGUUGGACACUGCUGCCAAGCUAGCCAGGAGCGAUAGUGAUCAUCUGUUACUUUCUUUUCUCUCUCUCUCGAUACAUACAUGCGUGAAUAAUAUACAUCAUUGACUUGAAAAUUAGUAACAAAACUAAACAUUACUUUUCUUUCUGUAUUUUCUCAUGGUUGUUUUAAUAUAAACCUUUUUAUUGCCAUAGAGGUAAUGAUAAGCAGCGUAACCACUGAGAUGCAUUAUGUAAUGCAUAGUAGUAUGACUAAGAAGGGAGUCUUUGUGAUUUACUACUUUCCUCCUCUACAGACUUUUGCUCAAUACUUAACUUUGUUGUUCUUAGAAAUAUGUUUGGCAACUUCUUGCCCAUGUAGAAAAUUUUAGAGGGGUGAAUAGCAGAUAAAAUAUUGUAGACUUUUUAAUAUCCACAUUUUAUCUAGUCAUUGGUCAUUUCACAUGAUUUGUCUGUGUUAGAGGUAGUCAUUAUUAACUGUACUUUGUUACCUUGAUUCUUUUUUUGACAAAUCAUGGAUCUUCUCUACAUUCCAUGAAGCCUACCUUUGGUUUUAUAGUUAAGUUUUUGUGUAGGUUUCACUUUCCUACAAUAUAAGCUGUCUUCAUCUUAUGGAGGGUGGGAGGGCCAAACCAUUGUUUCUGAAGUUCAUAAAAGUGAAAAAAAAAUGAAACUUAAAUAUAUAUUGACAUAUCUGAAGAAGCACAAACAGUAUUUUGUAAGCAUCUAGGGCCAGUAUUUUCCUUUCUGGUUGAAAAACAAGUGUAUCUUAAGUAUUAAUUUUUACAUACACUUCUCUUUUAAAUUGUUUUAUAACCACCAUGCAUUCUUUGUAUUUUGGUGUUUUGAUCAAAACCCAUUAAAGUUAUGCUUUUUUUUCUUUGCAAUAAUUGUUAUUGUAGAUAAUACUAGUUUAAUUAUUUCUGUGCAAUAAAUCCAUGAGAUAUUAACAAUAAAAAUUCAUGUACACUUCAUGAGAAUAUAUUUGGAUAUUCUAUAAAAUGUUAGAAGCAUUAGUGUAUGAAAAAAAUCUUGUGCAACCCUUGAUUGAUAAUUUAGAAUCAAAGGUUGCAUUAUUUUCUUUGAGUUCAGAAUAUCUUUGAGUGUUAUAUGUUGAUGACUAUAUAAAGAGUUCUGGUGAUGUAACUAUUUAAAUAUUGGCAGUAUGUUUCAUGCUUGGGAGCAUAUUCCCUUCAACAUGCUUUAUUUGUUAUGAAAAUAACCUGAAAUUGGGAACUGAUGUUAUCCAAAUAUAUGUAUUGGCAAAGUAAAUGAUUUACUUUGGAUAAAUGAUAAUUCAUCCAGAGUUAAUGUUAUAGAAUAUUAGAUUUAUUUGCAUUCUAAUAUUCAAAAUAGUAAAGAUUUUAUUUUAUAGCUUUGAAUCUUGUACAAAUGUAUCUUAGAUUGCACUCAUCUCAUUUUGCCAUAUUUCAUCUUUCAGCUUAAGUUGAACUUUAUAAGUAUUUAAAUUCUAGUUGGUUUUACCAUUUGUAGGUUUCAAAAAUUUGUGUCAAGCCUAAACACAGUACAAAAAAUUCUGUAGAUUUAUUAUAUUAAUAGUUUUAUUAAUUUUUUGUAAUAUGUUUUCUUGUUAUAAGUACAUUACAUGUAGGGGCCUGAAAAUUGCAUGUAAGUGUUGAAAUCUUUACAGAAUUAGGUUAUUAUAGAUUCAUUAUGUUACACAGAAAGAAAAGAAAAAAAAAGAUUAUUUGCCCAUAAUUAUUUUAAUACAAGCGAUGCAGAACUGAAAUGUAAACCAUGAUUCACUUUUCUAGAGCAUUCAUAAAAUAAACAUUUUGAUUCAUUGGUUGAAAAGAACAGAAGUACUUAUGUUCACUGUUCUAAAGUAUCAUAAUCAUUACUAUUAGUUUUAAGCUAUGGAAACAGUUGUGAACAUUUAAAAGUAUCGUUGUCCUCCGUUCUAAGAGAUAUAAAAAGUUGUUGAUAUUGAUCUAAGAGAUGAAAUAUAUUUAUUAAUAAUACUUUCAGAAUGUUUAUGGCGAACAGAAAAAUAAAAUUUAGAAGACAUAAUUGGUUGAUUAAAUGCUUAUAUCUAUUAUUUUGCGGUAUUAAAAAUGCUAAUAUCAACCCUUCUGGGGUAUUAACAAAUUUCAUAUUCACUCCUUUGAGGUAUUAAGAAUUCUUACAUUCACAGGUAUUAGAAAUGCUUAUAUCCUAUUCCAAAGUGUCACAAAUUUUUACAACCACUGUUCUGACUAAGGCAUUACACACGUUUGUUUCCACUAUUCUGAGGCAUUACAAGUGUUACUAUUCAUCGUUUUGAAAUAUGAGGAAAAAUUACUUUUUUCUCCAUAAUCUAGAGUAUUAAAUACAUUUAUAGGUUCUUAGGAUGCAUUACCGAUAAGCAAACUGUAGUUUUCAUAUAAUUGAAACAACAAAAACAUUUAUUACCACUUGUCAUAAGAUAAACUGUUGUGGCCAAUAACCUGAAGAGUAAUUAUUAUUUAUGGUAACAAAGUAUUUAAAAACUUACAAAUUCAGCAAUUUUUAUUCAAUCUAAAAUUAAUCUGUCUGAUAAAUAAAAAUAGUCACACUUGUUGCCUUGAUUUAUUCCUCUUGUAAGGUAUUUUAUCAAGCAGUUUCUUGAGUACAAAUCCAUAUUAAACAGUGAAGGAAACUCAAGAUUUUGUAAUUUCUGUAAUUGUCUAAUGUGGGUUUAGGGUCAAAAUAUUCUAAACAUAAAAAAAAAGUAAAUUAUAUGCUUGAUUAUUUUACAGAGCAUAUUAAAUUUAUACAUUUUUGGAAGAUUACUAAUUGGACUUCAGUAAACAUAAUUUUAAAAUCUUGAUUUUUCAUGUUACAGAUCAUAUUUUGUUUGCAGGUAAUGAUGCAGUAGUUCUAGUUGCAUACCAGAGUUAGUACCUAAAACCACAUCAUGCUAGUCAGAAGUUUAUGUCUUGUGUAAAGAGCCAUGUAUAUUACAUUCCAGAUUACUAUUACUUGUUUUGAUACGUAAUUAAAAAUAAUGUUAUAAAAGUACUUGCUGGUAAUGACACACUAGCCAGGAUAUAUGUGAAGAGUUGAUAUUCUGUGAUUGCUAACUACUAAAUUGUGAUUGAUUUUGAGAUGUGAUGCUAUUGAAUGUACAUACACUUUGGGUAGCAGUUCUGAAAAAUUAACUCAUAAAUUACUAUUUUAUAACUGUAAUGGUCACAUGUUUGAUUGAAUUAAUUCAUGUAAGUAUAUGUUGUUACAAGUGCUUUAUUGACCAUGAUUUGAGAAUUUAUACACUAAUGACUAUAUGAUUCUAAUGAAUUCAUGUGCUACUUUUGUUGAGUGCCUAAUAUAAGUAUUCAGUGUUAAUAAAUAACAUUUUGUAAUUUUUAUGUUUUCUGUAUAAUUGAUAUUAUUUCUUGAAAUUGUGAACUGUUGAUGUUUCUUUAUAUAUAUAUAUAUCAGCUGUACAAACUAUUAGGAUAUACCAGACCUAUAUGAUGUUUAUAAAAACCAACAGGGUUAUAAUUUCGAUUUCCUGUUGAUCCAAGAAUAUAACCUUGAUUUCUCAAACAUGUAUUUUGGUUAUAUUGAAUGUACUUUAUUAGUUACUUGAUCACUUUGUGUGUUUUUUGUUUUAUAUUUGUGUUGAAAGGGAUUGAGCUAUCCAAGUUAUUUAUUCAAUGUUUUUUAAUAUAUUCAGUGUUUUAUAAUAGUCAUAGUAAGUUCAGAAUUUGAGAAUAAGUUGACAAGAGUGGAGUACAAACAACUUAUCACUUCAAUUAGAAAAUAAAAAAUAUAAUUGAAACUCAAACAUUCUGCUUUGUAGGUAUUAAUUUAGGUUUUUGUAAAUUGUGGGUAGUAUUUAGUAUUAAUAGAAAUUUGAAAAAAAAUCUACACAUUAUCUUAAUAAUAUAUCUGGAGUUGGGUAUGAAAGUCAUUGUUAGUAACAAAAGGAAAAUUUAUUCUAAUCUUAAACUUAAAAAAUAACAAUGUUCUGUAUGGAUUUGAUGUGUCUAUAAAUAUGUGAUUUUCAUCUAAAUUCAUUACAAAUAUAUGCUUAUAUAAGUGCCUCUUAAAACAGAUUUGCCAGAGUAAUCAUUUGAGUCAAGCAUAGGUAUACUAUUUGAUUAUUUAUGUUAUUGUGAGUUGGGUCAUUUUCAAUUUUCAGAAUGUGGUGGGAUUUUCUUUAAAACUAGGAAUACAUUGUGUAAUAUGUAGUUUACCUUGUGUCUUUUUAUGAACUUCCACAAAAUGUGUUUAUAUAUAUAUAUAUAUAUAGAGGUAGAGCUUCAAAGCUGUUAUAUUAAUUACAUUAAUUGUCAAUAGUCGAUCAAAGUCAGCACUAUAAAACGAAAAUUAACUUAAUAUAAAUUCAAAACUAUUUAAAGAAACAAAUUUGUUAUACAUAAACAAAUUCAUACACAUUUUAUAGAUCACUAUACACACACAAAAGAAAAUUUUACUAGAAAGUACUGAGCCUUUCAAAGUAGCAUGAAAUAGAUGAGUGGAAUACUUUUGUUGUACAAUAGAACUUGUUUUUAAAUCUAUCUGCCUUUCUAAUAGUAUUGUGGUAAAUUCAACUGGUAAGCAGUUCAUUUUUUGGAAAACAUAAUUUAAUAAUAAAGAAGAGUACAAACCUAGUUACAUGAAGCAUUUAUUAGAUGUUUUGAAAUCUUCAGUAAGCUGGAGGAACAAAAGUACACAAUGGUAAUUACAUCAGAAAUGUGGUAUAAUCUGUAAUAAACAGUAAUAAGUAACUUGAAUAUAAAAAAGAACAAGAGAUAAUUAACACCAUGUAGAUCAAAUGAAAUAAGUCUAUUAAAAUAGAUAUAAAUGAAAUGAAGAAUAUGUGUUAUUUAGUUAGGGAAGAGGAGGAAUUUUAAUUUACAAAAUCUCUUUUUAUCACAAAUUCAGUUUCAUGCUUAUCUCUCGAGAAGAUUUUAUUUUAAGUUCGAGAGAAAAAUUUGAUGUCAUGUUUCUGCAUUGUGUUGCUUGAUAGUGGAGUUGAGAGGGUUUUUAUCUCUUCUUCCAGUUUUUAUAGAUGUACCCAUAUGUUCAAAUGCUCGUACUUCAAGGUGAUGUUUAGUUUCACCAAUAUUAGAGGCCUUACAGCCUUUCUACAUGUAUAAAUAGAUAAGACAUAAACAGUGUGCAAUUGGUAUGUGAUCUUUGUCGUGGAAAAACAUUUAAAUAAAAUAGAUUAAUUAAAAUUAGAAAUAAGUUUCAGAUUAACUUGAGGAUAGGUAACAAUUACAUACUUUUUCAGUUGCUUCAUGAUAAGAGAGAUCUGUCUUCCAAGAUAUACUAAGAAGAUAAUACUCAUGCAUUUGAUUUAAAUCUAUUUUAAUAUGACUUUAUUUAAUUUGCACUAGAUACUGUUCAUUUUCUCCUGUUCUAUUUUUGUAAUCAAAUUGUUUACUGUUGUUUAUUACAGAUUAUAUAAUUACCACUGUGUAUUGCUUUUCUUUAUCACAUGCAACUGUUUCUUAAAAGAAAAAAAAUUAGACUAUCUCUUAUACUCAAGCACUUACAAAAAAGUUAGCUUUUAAAAUGUUUCCCUUUUAUCAUCAGGGCAUUUGUGGUCCUCAUUUUAGCUCGUAAUAUAAAAACUAUACCUGUAUGCCAGUGGCAUGUAGGUUGUGCAGAAACAAAUAGUAUUGUUAGUACAAAAACAUUAAUUCUUAUGUUAGAUUAUAUAUAUUUUUUUUAGUGAAUCUGAAAAAUUGAAAAAAAAAUUAAACCUAAUAUCUCUUCUGGCACAUUCCAGAGGACAAUGACAAUCCAAGUGUUUUCUUAAGUUUCUUGAAUUUGGAAUAAAAUUUUUCCAAAGCAAUUUUCACUUUUAUUUCAAAUCUUUAGGCUUAAAAGACAAAAACAGAUUCUGUGCCUUGGAAGACCAGAUUUUAUUUAAAUAGAGACUGAAGUACCGUAAAAUAAAAAAUGUUGAGGAUUUAUCAUUUCCUGUAUUGUUUUCUUGAUUUUUAAGGACAAUAAUUUUUAGAAUGUCAUCUUGGACAAACUCCCUACACCAUAGAAAUUAAUUAACUACAGAAAUUAUAGUUGACUACAGAACAAAUAGUUUACUGUACUAACUUUUUAUAUGUUCAUCACAUUUUCUCCAAUUCUGGCUUUUUUUUGUUUUUUGUAUGCAAAUAUAACUAGAUAACUCAGUACUAAGUUGUGAUGUUUUCAGAAAUGAAAAAUGUUUCAAAUAUUUUAAGGAAUUCAAUAUUUUGACCAAAUUCAAAUUUAUAUCUCUGUAUGUAGUGUUAAAAUUUAACAAUGUUCUUGAAAAACGGUACUAAGGGUUAAAAAGUGUUUUUAGUUUUUAGAGUUGAAAAUUUUUUUAUCGUGCAGAUAUAAUGUUUAUUUUCUUUUAUUGAAACCAAGUGUUAUGCUGUAAAAUUCUACUGUUUUAUAAUUGAGAAAUCAGUUAUAUAUUUAACAGUAAGUGAAGGAAAAUGUCUUAUUUCAUAAAAUAAAUUAUAAUGUGUUGAUUAGUUAUGUUUUUCAAGGAUUCUUUGUUUUAAAUUAAAGUCCUUAACACACCAAAUAUUGAUAGAAAGAAAACAUUUGUGAAAAUACCAAAAUGAAAGUAUUUUUGUUGAAUGCAAAUAUAUAAAUGUUUGAAAUAAAACAAAUACCCCAAAAUUAGUAAUAUAAACAAAAAGGAGCAUUCUCAAUUUGCAUUUUAGAUGCAAAUAACUAGAGUAAUUUUCUAUAUGAAUAAAACCAGUGUCUUCAAAGUAAUAUACAUCUCUUAGGAAAGAAUAACCUGAGAAUCUGUAUUAGAAAUCUGAUGUAAAGAGUAGCAAUUUUGAAAAUUUGAGAUAACAACAACAAAAAUCAGUUAAUUUGCUCUAAAUUAUUCCGAGUACGAUUUUUAUUUUAAUCUCAACUCUCAUUUUAUUUUAUUUUUCAGAAGGUUUACUGUAUCGUAAUAUUUCUAGCUGUUAUGUUUCCAGAAAAAUGAAGUAAUACAUGUAUUAACAAGCUGCAAGAGUGUAGUUUAAGUUUUUAAAUAGAAAUAGUCCUUUUUGAAAAUAUGCAAAAGUAUGAAAAGUUAGAUACUCUCACACAUAUUGGAUUGGAAUACAUCCAAUAUUUCAUGUGUUAUCAGCUUUUUGAUUUCUUCGAAGAUAAUUCCUUGAUUAAGAACUGAUUAGGGAAAAAAAUUCUUAAGACCUAGUUACCAUAUAAUUAACUAUUACAAACACCCGUAGUGUAUGAGAAUAUGUCAUACCCUUUUAUUUUUGCUUCAGAAUUGCUAUUUGGAAAUGUAAAUAGCAUAGUUAUUCUUUCAGUCAGAUUACUGUUAUGAUCAAUGACAGAGUUCUUGUUGCUUACUACUUAGAGAGAUUCAUUGCUGUAAGACAGGUUUUUGAGUAGAUUGAUUGGCAAAUAAAGUAUAUUAAUUCAGAUUUUACAGAAAUAAAAUGACAGUAUAUCAUUUAUUAGAUUUUAAUGAUGUUCACAAAAGAAGCUUGGAUUUAUAUUUUGUUGCCUCAUUAUAGUUUUGGUUAUAAUUACUAGUAAGUAUCUAUGGCUAAGCAUUAUAUUUUCUUUUAAAAUAGUGAAUGAAAUGUGCAUUAAAAUAAGUUACUUAAGAAAUUUUGUUAAUUUUUUUGUAUAUAUAUAGGUGUGUAGAAAGAGAAGUGAAAAUUAGUUACCUAGAAUUGUUCUCUGACAAAGCACAAACAUAAUGCUUCAUUACUACUACUCAUUACAGAGUGGUGAGAAAAUGAUGAGGCUUAAUGCACACUGAUAAUUAUUUUUUGAUGACUUGUUUUGCUUUUGAAGCAAGGAUUGAAAAGAAAAUUUGUUUAUGUAAUUGUAUUGUUGUUGUUAUUCAUUAAAAUCUUUUUCAGCCUUUCAAAACAGUUGAUUCAAAUCUUGCUACUGUUUGGUUAACAGCCACCAUGGGGAUAAUUAAAUCUAUUCUGUAAUGUCUAAUUGAUAAUACUUGAAUCAAAUGUACAAGUGACUGUAGAAAGGAACCACAUCAAUGAAAACCAAGUAAUAUUGUUUUUUUUUGUAACAUUGUUUCAUUGUAUUUCCCCCAGUGAUGCUAGUUCAUAGGUGGCAGGUACUACUAAUUGUUUGCCUUCCCUGUGCUCUGCAGUUCUAAAUUAGGAUGGAGUCUUUUACCGGCUGUUGUUUAGUUCAUGUGUUUUAUGAAAUGCCUUUCAAGUUGAAAAUAUGAAUACUAGUUUCUAAGGAUUAAUUCAUGAACAGUAGACAUCUUGCUUUUGGUAUGUCAGUACAUGCAAGUUGUUUUAGGGGCUGGUAUUCAGAAUAAAAAAAAAAGUUAUCCACAAUUUUGAUUUAACAAGUAUGCAAAAUUACUUGCAACUUUUAUAUUUUCUUUAGUAGGUAAAUUUUGCUGUGUAGACAGAACUAUGAAGCAAUAACUGUAUUGAAUGAAAUCUAAAUCUUCUGCUACAAUAAUUUUAUUAUUCUUUAAUAGUAAGAACAUUUUUCAACUAGUUAAACAGGGCAAGGGUGAAAAAAUACAAUAAAAUACCAGUAUUCAGUGGUUCACAAAUGCUAUGUAAAUGCAGCUAUAACUAUAAAGUUAAAAUUUAUUAAGAAAGGUAGAGAGAAAAUAGAAAAACCUCAUACAAAUUGCAUUAAUUCUGUAUUUGUUGAAAUUUGUAUAUUUCAGGUGAAACUGACUUUCAGAAAACUUUCAUCAUUUUUUAAAUUCAGAUUUCAAAUAAUAUUCACUGUAAAUCAAACCUUUUGUGAUUAGAAAAAUGGCAUCUUCAAUUUAGUUUUUAAAACAGUGGUCUAUAUUUGAACUUUGCUGUAGAAGUUAAAUGAAAUUGAGAAUAUUUAUAUCAAGUGUGUAGUCUAGUUCAAAUUCAUAGAUUUUAUCAUUUACAAUGUGACUUGUAAAGUUUCAAGAAAGGUAGCUUAUGAUUGUGAUAUAUCUAAUGCAUGUAGUAAGUAAGAAUUUUAAAAUUUUAUACAAGUUACAUUCAUAUAAUCAUUAUUAACAUUGAAAUAUGUAAACAUUUAAAGAAAACGUUGUUUUUUGGUUUUUUUUUUUUUACUAGGAU